AUGAUUCUUUGUGGCUUGGAGGGGACCCUGGCUUCUCGAAGGCUGGGGGAGGCCCUUCCAGCCAGGACAGCAGCCGUGCAAACCUCGUGGACACUCCUCAUCCUCUACACCUCUCCCCCACACCAUGUCCAAGCUGACUUCAGUCCCGUCCUGGUCUGUCUCCUUCCCCCGCCCGUAAAGGUUUUGCUCUUUUGCAACCACAGGCCUGCCAUUGCCGGGAAGCCACCCUCCACAAGCAGCUGGUCCAGGCUUCUGAAUGUCUUCUGUUUCUGCCCUAGAUCAGGCUUUGGGCUGAAGAAGGUGCAGUCGGUGUCUCCUAGCCACACAUCCCCAGGUGGCCUCAGUGGAGACCAAGCCUUCACCUCCCAUCACCUUCGGGCUGGUCUCCCUGUGGCCCCCCCAGCGAGGCCUUGCUUCAGAGAAUUGCCGGCUAGGGCGCUCACUGAAAAAGCUUCCUGGCAGGCAGGCGGCUUCCUCUCGCUUCUGGGAGCGCUGCCCCCUUCCUUCACCCCCCAAUCUGAAGUCACUCUUCCAAAUCUGCCUUUGGUCCCACAGCCACAGUGUUGCAUGGAUUUGAUGGAUGUCAAUGUUAGCUGCCCGGGCACAGACCAGUGUGCUUCAGGCUGCUACCGGCGCUGGAACGAGGAUGGGACCAGUAGCUGUGUUCGGUGCAGAAAUGAAAGCCUUCCGGUUACCGGGCCUUACGUGGUGGAGUGUAGAAACCUUGGCAACAAAGAAAUUAAUUUCACAUCCUACAGAACUACAGUGACACCCCUUCUCCAGAACCUGGGGGGCCCCCAGGUGGCCAUCUCCCUCUUCUUGGGCACCUUCUUCAUUAGCUCCUGCCUCAUCCUCUCCGUCGCUUUGUUUUUCUACUUCAAACGUUCCAGUAAGCUCCCCCAUUUCUUCUACAGAAGGAACAAAGCAUCUGUCCUGCAGCCUGGAGAAACUGCUGCCAUGAUACCGCCUCCAAAUUCUUCUGUCCGGAAGCCACGCUACGUCCGACGGGAUCGGUCGCUGCCGAGACCCACCACACCCACCAUGAUCUCCUCCGUCGAGACUCGGGUCAGCAACGUUUAACCAUCGAGGGAUUUGCCCCAGAACUUUGUCCAUGAACAAUUUCAGAGACGUCUCUGUGGCCACUGAAGGGCCAGGAAAAACCAUCCGCGGCAGCUGAGGCUCCUGUGGAGCCCAACUCCUGUGUCCAAUGGGUCUGAGCCAAAUCGAGCACAAAAGAGACAGCAGGAGACAGAAGUGGCGACGCGGCGAGAAGGAGCCUUGUGACCUCGUUGGUGCGCCUUUUAGAUCUUCCUCUCAUCUGGGUUUUUGAUCUGUCUCUUAGCAACAGAUAAUCCUGUUAAAAAGCUACAGACAGCUUAGCUUGCCUUGACAGAAAAGUCAUUUUCUCCCAUCUUCAGGAUGGAGCAGGUGCCGUGAGGGUCCCUCACCUAUUCUGGGGAGUGGUCAGUCUGGCUGCAAGAAAAGGGGUUGAAUCUUACACCACACCAGUUCCUCAUUCCCUCCCUGUCCCUCCUCCGAGUAGACCAUGUGUGAAGACCCUCUCCCACCCAAGUCCAGAGUUUACCCAUGCGUAAAACCUUUCACUUUUUGGGGGUCUUUGGCAUCUUCUCUGUGUAGAUGCCCCAACCAACCCAUCAUUGUUACGUAGGGUAACUGUGCAUUUCCUGCUCCCCUCAGCCAGAUAAAGUGGGACCCACUGGCCCUUCAGGGAAGGUUUUUCUUUUGGGCCCCCCCAAUCCUGCUCUAGGCAGGCUGCUGUCUGGCUUGCUCUUGAGGUGGGCCUUCUAUUGUCUGAAGCAAAGCGCAGGCUCACAGAGCACUGACGUGGCUGCCUGGUCCACAGAUGGCGUCCUGUUUGCAAUGCAGACCUGAAAUAACUGCGUUCCGUUUUGCUCCCAGAUGAGGCCGCCUAGGUACCACCUCAUCUCCAUCAGCUGCCAGCCAGGGCCCAGGCUUAUUGGUUCUUCAGGAGAGUGAAGAAGCCAGACUCAGUGCCCCUUUUGAUUUAAUUUUGGCUUAGAAUGUGCAUUUGACCAGGCAGAAUGACCGUUAGCCCAGCCCUCCCCAGUCCAAGAUGGGCCUGGCCAGGUAACAGCAUCUGGGCCACAGAGAAAGGUCAAGGGAAGAGGGAAAAAGAGGCGAUAUCCACUAACAGCCUCCUAUCAAGCAGUGGCACGUACCUAGACAUGAUUUAAAUCAGCAGCUGUGCCAAGGAGCCCCCUAGGAAAGAACCAACACCCAGGCCUCCCCCUGCCGGGUGGGAUGAAGGCUAAGAGGGAGCGGAUGGCCAGCCAGAGCUCCUAAGAGUCCUCAGAGGGAAAGGCAGCUUCCUGCUCCAAUCUGGAGGAGGGGGGCAGCCAGCUGUUUAGGGACCCCCCGUAGUUCAAAGAAUAGACGUGUUGUAGCAACAUGGCUCACAGGAUGGUUUUUGUAAAAACAGAUCUGAGUUUUCAUCUUGAGUUCCUUUUGUAAAUGGGAUCUGUGUUCCCCGUGAGGACAGGGCACACGAUCAGUGCUAUCAGAAUCUUUUGAGCAUCUUUGUCCAAGCAGAGGGCAAGGAAUAGCUGGGGUUCCCCCGUCCCCACGCUCUUCCCUUGCUCCCAUGUUCCCAGCUCAGUCGGGGCCCCAGUUCUCCCUGAUGACUCCAUGAGCACUUUGUUCCUCUCCCAUUUAUAAUGACUGAUAGAGCUGACCACUGAGCUGGGAACCCCUUCCUUUUACAGAGAAGGAAUCUGAGGCGCAGGCUAAUCAGCAGCCAGGUCAGGCCUUGAACCAUGAUGUGCGCCCCAACCAAAUGCUCUAGCUCUUCCAACAAGGACCAGGCAGAGGUUGCUUCCAGCCCGAAGGAGAUUCACAGACCCUUGCAUAGGGAGUGAGAGCAGGCCACAAGUGACUUUGAGCCAAUGAGCAGAGGAGAAUCUCUUCACAGAGCUACGGUUUUGUCCUUUUUGGUCCCAUGUUUGUGCAGUGGGGGCCGAUGGCUAGAUGGAGGGUCCCCACCAUCACCAGAAAGCAUGAGGACAGGGGCAGCUAGGUGGCACAGUGGAUAGAGCACCGGCCCUGGAGUUGGGAGGACCUGAGUUCAAAUCCAGCUU